ACCUCGUCACCUCGUGGCACAUACAUGUAGGACGACAGGAUAAGCCCUGACCAUGAUUCCUCGAAGGAAACCAAUCCCAUCGAAGAAACUCAGCUUUCUUGCGUGUCUGUUGCUAGCAUGCUCCAAUUUCAUGUCUCCGACAAGUGCCUUCCAGAUGCCUCCUCGAUUGGUAGUGACACCCUCACGAACCAGACAACAGUAUCUGCCAUUGACUCCACGCCACAUUGGACGUGGUGACUGGGAUGGGGACGAUCUUCGAUGGAUAAAACGAAUGCGUCGACGAAUGUGGCGUCGAAGCAACUAUAACAUGGGAUCUAACGACAAUCCAGGUCGCAGCACUCUGAUUUUUGCCAAUUUCUUCAUGUUUGUUUAUCAAACCGUCAGCACAGUGCAACUCAUCGUGCAGCGCAAUCCACGGUAUUGGCCGCGUCACGCCUUUUCCAUCAUUACGGAUACCCUGCUGGGAUCCACCAAUGUCCGAGGUCCACUGACCACCAGUUUUGUCCACAUUAACUAUCUUUCCAAUCGAGAACCGUUUCGAUUCUUGACCGCUGGCUUUCUCCAUGGCGAUAUCCUUCACCUACUUCUCAAUCUGUACGCCUUGCGACAAUUACCCUCGUGGGUGGAAUCUGGAUUGGGCACGUCGCUCUUUGUCACGACCUUUUUGGUAGCCAUUGUCACGGGAAAUAUUGGUCAUUCCAUUGUCAUGGCAUCGUCGCCGGCUCGCACAUUUUGUCUGGGAGCCAGUGGAGGUAUCUGUGGCCUCUACGGCUUGAUGUAUGUGGCAUUGACCAAAAUGGGACAAUCCCAAGGAGCCAGUCGGAUUCUGCAAAGUAUGUUGUUGCUAUUUGUAUCCGGGCUCUGGUGGGAAUCCGUCAGCAAUGCCGGACACAUGGGAGGAUUUCUGGGGGGUAUUGUCAUGGGAAUUCUCUGUGUCCCCAGCUAUCAAAAAGACUAUCAAAUGCGACGCAAAAAUAGUCUGCAAGCCGACAUGUUCCCUCAGUCGUACCGGCAAGUCAUGGGAUUUGGAAUGGCUCCUUCCAAGAGUGGAUUUUUGCCAGUGCAGGCCAUUUGGGUAGCCGUGGGGAUUCUCUUGCUCUCUGAACCACGAUAUCAAUCCAUGCCUGGCAACAUUGUCCGAGGUCUGCUCCAUCCUGGGUCACUGUCGCGGUUUUGAUUUUCUUUGUCUUGGGCUAUGGUACAUGCAGCACACAUCCCAGAGCAGAUGAAUGUGAGAAAAUGGAUAUUAAUUUUGGGUGAAAUGGCCGAUCCAGAACCAGACACUUUGACCUUUGAUGAUCUUGAUGGUAAGCACCUAUUUGGACGGUCGACCACAGCUAGCUAUUAAUAGCAAAAAUUGCAUAAAGAGAAGGAAACCCUGCCUCUAGCUAUAUAGUACUGGUACAGUAGAUUCCGCUGAGAGGCUGGGAAUAUAGCAAAAAGCGCAGC